AUGUACGAGGACGCGGCCAUUGUUCCGUCACCGUCUCAGGGCGGUGCGCAGAACCUGGUCGAGCUGUCACGACUGGUGCUGUCAGCCGGUGCCACAUGGCUGGCCACGGAUACGAUGAACACCACCACGUUCAAGGUGGAUGACCUGGAGCUGCAGGGAUACUCCGAGAUUCGCGUGCGCAACGCAACGAUUGCGUCGACAAAGGUCAACAUGCAUGUCGACAGCAUCAUCACGGCGGCGUCGCUCGGCUAUGCGCCAAACACGGGUCCGGGUACUGUGCAGGGCAACCGCUACGGCGCCUCGCAUGCCGGCUGCGGCGGCCGCGGCUCCACGUCUGUGACACGCUCGCAACCGUUUGGCUCCAUCUUCGCGCCCGUGACGAUGGGGCCUGGUGGAUCCACUGGGUCGCAAGGCCAGGCCGGCCGCGGCGGUGGCGCUGUUCGCAUCUCCGCGGACACCGUUCUGCUGGAGGGCCGCAUCGACGUUUCUGGCGAGAGCGUGUCUGUUGACGGCGGUGGCGGUGCUGGCGGCAGCCUGUGGAUUACCGCCACGACGCUGCACGGCUUUGGGUCCCUCGCAGCUGACGGCGGUGACGGCGGCGUGUACAACAACCUCCGCGGUGGCGGUGGUUCUGGUGGCAUCAUCUCACUCAGCUACGACGAGACACAGUCCCGCUUCUUCGGCACCAUCAGCGCUGUUGGUGGCGACGGCUUUGAGGUGGGCGCUGCAGGUAUCCUGUACACGGAACGCACCCAGGCGGAUGGCAACACGUACACCGUUCUUGAGCUGAACAAUGGUGGGCGCACGCCGCCAUCCUUCCCCGCACAGGCAGCAUUUGACUUUGACGACGUGUCACGCAACCCAGCUAUCAGCUACCUCUCCUUUGGCGACGAUACGCUCAACCUGCCUGGCACGGGUACCUUUGUGUACUCGUUUGACGAGGUGCGUGUUGGCGACGGUGCUCAGCUUGCCAUGUACCCCGCGCCAGGGCAGCCCUCUGCCCUCACGGCAACGCACCUGCUAGGCACGGGCGGAACAGCGCGCCUUGUGAUUGGCCGCGACCAGCGCGUGACGCUGCCGCCGGCCACGAGCGAGGACGAGGAGCGAGACAUCCGCCUUGACCUCUUCCUGCAGGAGGGCAGCAUUGCCGACCUGCCCGCAACCGUGGAGCUGCGCGCAACUAUGGUCUCGCAGGGCCAGCUCAACGGGCUCGAGCACCUGCUCGUGGGCAAGGACGGUGUGUGGAAGGUUGCGUCUACAGGCUACACAAGUGGACAAACCCCUGGCACGUAUGAGAUGAUGGCUGUGACGGUGAUGUACCAGGGCACAGUGAUUUCUCUGUCACCGCUCAGCACCCGUCUCGCCGUUGAUUCCUUGAAUGUGCAUUUCGGUGCCACGUACGACUUUGCAGGCAUCCCUGAGCCCACGCGUGAUGCGGCGCACGUCGACGUUGAAGAAGCCGGACGCAUUGAGGGCAGUGCUUGCUUCUGGCAUCCAAACACACAGACCUGCGGCUGCCAGGACCAGCCCAUCGACGACCUCCACUCGGAGACGGAGUGCCCCGAACGACCCGAGCGCUACUGCGAGAAGGGCCCAGACUGUGACGACUUCUUUGCAGACGUGUGUCGCGAAUCAAACUGCACAAGUGCAGACCGAUUCCAGCACACGUGCAAGGUGGAUCCGUUUUAUGAGCCCGUGUUCUCGUACGACUGGCAGCCGACGACAUGCGCGGAUCAGACGACAGAGGAUGCAUGUUUGUCGUCCAAGUGUUAUCACUUCUACGACAACGAGCCCUGUCCGACGGGUAUCAAACUGCACAAUGAUACAUCGUAUGCUGUCUACAAUCCCUGUCGCGAGGGUACGCUGAUCGUGGACGAGCGAAAUGUGACGUUCGACUCGUUUUACUACCAGCUCACCACGGAAGAAAAGCACGCUGUUCGGCAACUUCCAUACAACGUCACGCUGGUCGACGGCUCGCUUUACAGCAUUGUGCAGGGAGCAUGCAACUACUCUCGUGCCCUUGAGCAGUUUGUUGCCGGCGAGCUCAGCGGGAAUGCGUCUGCAGACGUUGCCGCGAUUUUUGAGAGUGCCGGAAUCACAAGCGACUUCUCCGCAGCCAACCUGACCGCUGACCUGCCCUGGCCACAGACGCUGGGUGACCGUCGCCUGUACAUUGGCCACGGCAGUGCAUCAGCCUGUGUUGACUCGCUUCGGCCGUGGUACACGUACAUCGAGACACGUAUCCAUGAGCAGACGUACUUCUGGAACGAGACCAUGGUUGAACGGGUCAACUACACGUACUGGAACAUGACGUACGCCAUCUCCUGCGACUACCGCACAGGCUUCACCCUCUCACCAGGGGAAAACUGCUUCUUGGAGCCGGGCGAACACGAGUAUGACCGCCUUGAGCUGCAGGGCAACUCGUACAUCACCGUGCAGCACAACGCAACAACGCCCACAGUGGUUCGUGUCAGGGAUUUGGUCACCCGCGGUGGUUCACGCAUCGUAUCAAAUGGUGUCGCGUCGAACCCCAAGGGCACGCCGACUACAGCUGGCCGUGGUGGCUUCCAUGGCGGCUUUACCCAACACGACGAUGACGUGUACGGCUCUGUGACCGCACCGCUGGAAGCGGGCGGCGCAGCGUCCAGCGGAUCAGGUGGCCUUGGUGGCGGCGUUGUCCGUCUGAUUGUGGGCGAGAAGAUGACACACGACGGCACUAUCCAAGCAAAUGGCGCAUCGGGUUCUGUUGGCGGCGGUGCAGGCGGUAGCGUGUACAUUACAACACCUAAGCUGCAUGGAGUUACGGGUACCAUCCAGGCCAACGGCGGGACCGGCACCUACGGCGGCUCUGGCGGCCGCAUUGCCGUCGAAGUCACCACCAACAACGAGUACCGCUUUGAGGGCACGCUGGCCGCAUACGGUGGUGGCAACGGUGCUGGGCCUGGUACGGUGUUCCUGCGUGAUCAGGUUGACGGUGUGUGGCGCGAUCGCGUGACCAUUGCUGGUGAAGGCUCAACCACGCUGCGCGACCCUGAGUACGGCGACAAUGUAACCGUUGCUGAACUCAUGGUCAUGGACGGCGCAACCUUUAUUGUGCAGCCAGGCGCAGUCGUCACAGCAACAACCGUGACCGGCAAUGGCGGUGGUCUCGUUGACUUGCUUGACAACAGCGAACUGCGUGUUGCUGAGUUUGAAGAUGCACGCUGCCUGGUGAACUUCAAGGUGGGCACGGGUGCUGUGCUUGACCUGGUCAACACGACGCUGUUGCUGGGCACGCGCAACCCCGCUUUGGAGGUGUAUGGCCAGGUUCUUGGCCCGUACCUCAGUCUUGGUCCAAACACACGCGCAGUUGUGCACGACGGCGCCCAGUUGGAUACGCUUGCUGUUGUGGUUGGCAAGUCGGCACGGCUUCAGCUUGAUGAAGGCGCGGUCGUCGGUACUGACGGUGAUGCCACCACUUACGUGUUGGACUCUCUGGUGCUUCAGGAUGACUCCGUCAUGCGACUGGGCACGGCCCACCCCAUUCUGCGCAUCGGCUACUUCCAAAUGGGCUACAACGCGCUGCUGGACACGCCCGACUCAGGCACGCGCAACUUCACGUUCAUCUGCGACAACGCCUUCCUCGGCAACGGCGCCAACAUCGGCCUGUCUGGCUUCGGCGAGCUUGCUGGCCCCGGUGCCGCUGGCGCUAACAGCGGCGCCUCCCACGGUGGUCCCGGCUCAGGCCCACAGCGCAGCGAGGUGACGUACGGCUCCACAAUGUGGCCAAGAUCGUAUGGCAGCGGCGCCAACGGCGUUGCACGCGGUGGCGGCGUCAUCAGCUUCCACGUUGCAGGCGAGCUGCUUCUCAACGGCGAACUUGUGGUGAAUGGCGACUCCGCGAGCACUGGCGCGGGCUCUGGCGGUUCCAUCCUGAUCGAGGCGGACGUGCUCAAGGGCCACGGGUCCAUGACCGCCAACGGCGGUCGGGUAACGGGCGCUGGUGCUUACGGUGGCUCUGGUGGGCGCAUCUCCGUGCAAACGCCCGACCAGUCCCAGUUUGCGGGUGAGUUCCGUGCUCUUGGUGGUGGCGGCUCAACGUCAGCCGCGACUGCUGGUGCGCCAGGCACCAUUUACAGGGCACAACUGCUGUUUGGCAUUCCCACGACGUCUGUCGUGUUUAAGAACAGCGGCCAUCGCCCUCAGCUGCCCACAUCCUUCGGGGCUGUUGAUGUUGACGGCAAUCCUGCUGACGUGGUGAUUGAUCGACUUGCCAUCUUGCAAGCGGCAGAGGUUUCCUUCGAGCCAGCGUCUGGUGUUCAAGGGCCACUGCCAAGAUCAUCCUGCGUCGUGUCACUGGUGAUGCAACUGCUCGCGCCUGUGAGCCGCCCGCUCUCACUUCCGAGCGCAUUUGUGGUCGAGCCCUCGGCUGAGCUGGUGCUUCCGCAGCGGGUGACAGUCCCGGGCACCUCCGUGUCGCCAACCCUGGACCUGCAAGGUCUGCUCACAGGCGGUAAUCAGAUGGUUGUCAGCAACGGUGCCACCGUGCGCUUCCGCCGCACAAGUCACACGGCCACGGGCGAGGGCGCGGGCUCAUACACGUUCAUCGAUCCCCCGGGUCAGCUGUCAUUCCGGUACUUUGAGGUUGCACAGGAUGGCCAGGUUACCAUUGAAGGAGAUGCCGAGGACGGCGCCUACGACGGCGUGCAAGGCAGCGACGUACCCUUGCAGCAGCACACGCGUGUGGCUGAUACGGCCAUGCGCUUCUCUGCUGUUGACUUUUUGCUCACUGCAGGUGGGCAGAUGGAUGCGGGCCAUGUCAUCUUCACGUCAACCACGUUCACUGUUGGCUACGGCGCUGUGCUCUCCGCCACGGGCCUCGGCCAUGCCUUUGGCCAAGGCUUUGGCGGUGGGCUCAUGCUCGGAACUGGCGGCAGCUAUGGUGGCGCAUCUGGGCCCGUGUCUGGCACACAUGUCGACGAGCACGGCUGCGUGUACUGGGCGGACCGCUUCGGCUCUGGCGGCGGCAACACUAACGGCGGGCGUGGUGGUGGUUUUAUCCGCGUGGAAACGCAGGACGCCAGCAUUGAUGGCAGAGUUGCUGUCGAUGGUGCCCAUGCUGGUGGCAGCAGCGGCUCUGGCAGUGGCGGCUCCUUCUACAUGCGUGUGUCGGACACGAUGCACGGUGUUGGUACCAUCUCCGUCGCUGGCGGCGACGCCACGUGCUCCACCUGUGGCAGCGCGGGCAGCGGUGGCCGCAUUGUGAUUGAGGUGGCAAAGACCAACCACUUCCAGGGCAGCCUGCUCACCCGAGGUGGCAGCGGGCGCCUCGGACACGGCGCAUCUGGCACGGCGUAUGUCACGUCGCAGCCCACCGGUUAUCCGUUCCGCCAGCUGUUCCUGGAGAACGCCAAGCGCGACACGGACCCGUACACGCGGCUCUCGGGCUGUGCGGGGGCCACGGCGUAUGCGUUUGAUGAGGUGCACAUGGCCGACAGCGCCAAGCUGUCGAUGACAGACGACACACAAGCAACGCUGACACUGACCAUUGUGGACCUGGUGUCCGAUGAGUCAACCACCAUCCUGGUGCACGACAGCAUGCGCGUGUUCCUCGAAACAUCGACGAGCCGCAACGUGAUUGCUCGCGUUGCUUCAAACAUCUUCCUCAGGGCACAAGGCGAGCUACUGCUUCCACCAGCGGUGCAGUUUGUUGGUCCAAGUAGCGUCAUCGCUGGUCAGCUCACGAACGCCCAGCGAGUGUAUGUGCAACCACAUGGGGUCCUGCACCUUGAUCACACCGUGCGCACGGCUCAGUAUGACGAAGCAUCUGGUUAUGGCUUCAUCAGCCAGCCGGGCGAGUUCAAGUUUGGGGCGCUGGAACUCGGCACGCACUCUCAGCUUGUGUUUGGUGGAAACCAUACACACGACAUCUCACUUGCCGCAGGCCGCCUCGUUCUUGGCUUCGCCUCCAGACUCUCUGCUCACCGACUGACUGCAGGUGUCGGUGAGCUUGUGCUGCAGCCACAGUCAGUCAUUGACUUGGACGAGCACGGGUACGAGGCUGGCGCCGGCCCGUGUCCCGGCAGCGAUGCUGUUGGCGCCGGCCAUGGUGGAUUCGCUGGUGGUGCCGGUGCUAGCUGUGCGUACGGCGACUUUGGGACGCCAGACAUGCCGGGCAGCGGUGGCUUAACUGUGCAUGGUGGCGGGCUCGUGCACAUCGUCAGCAGCCUGGAACUGAGACUCGCCGGUACAAUCACUGCCGCUGGGCAGGAUGCUACUGUUGGUGCUGGCGCGGGUGGUUCCAUCUUCAUCCAGGCAUCAAAACUCACGGGCACGGGCGACCUCGCUGCUCGCGGUGGCUCUGCUUCGUCUGCAGGCUCUGGUGCUGGCGGCCGCAUUGCCGUGGUCGUGGACACGUUGUCGCAGUAUGCCGGCGAGGUGUACACGUCUGGCGGACACGGCAGCAACGAUGUCGGCGCGCCAGGCACCUUCCACUUUGUCAACGCCCGCCUUGGGUCAACAGAGGUGUCCCUGCAAGUUGACAACGAGAACGGCGCGGCGCACGCUGACACCCCCACGACCGUGAUUGAGCAGACUGGCAUGACAGACUUUGUAUUUGACCGCCUUGACAUCUUCGGUGGCGCCCGCGUGGAGUUUGUGGGCAGCAGCCUCCGUGCCGUGGAGCUGGGUGGUGACAAGACGGGUCACCUGCUCGUUCAGAAUGGACAGAGAAUGUGGGUCGCUUUCAGCACACCGCGCAGCACAUUUCGACUUGUUGUUGCCCAUGACUUUACGGUUGACGAAGGUGGCGAGCUGAUUUUGCCUCAGUCUGUUGCUGUCAUUGGCCACGCUCUGCAUGUCAAUGGCAAGCUCACAAACGCCAACCGCCUCACUAUUGGUGAGGGAGCAACGGUCGUGCUUGGUGAACGCAUGGUGAAAGCGUCUCUUGACGAAUCAGCAUCCACAUUCAACGAACCCGUGUACAACAAUGUCGACACGCCCAACGAGGUGACAAUUGACGAGCUCGAGCUGCUGUCCGGCUCAACUCUCUCUACAUUCGCUGGCGGACCACUGACACUUCGCGCUGGUGCGAUUCAUGUCCGCACUGGUGCGACCAUCCACCAGGAACACCUAGAGCUCGACGUCGGGGUAUUGAACAUCGAGCGUGGUGCAUCCAUUGACUGCAGUGGCGUUGAGACCCAGGUGCAACCCGGGCUCUGCUCGCAGUGCGGUGCUGGCCACGCCUCACACGGCGGUGUCGCAUCCGAUGUGCAAGCGCCAUCCGCGUACUUUGGCACGUUUUAUGCGCCCACGACAACGGGCUACCGCGGUUCGCAGGGCGGCAACGGCGGUGGACACAUCUUCAUCCAGGCCAUUGACGUCUUCGUGGACGGCGUGCUUGCAGUGGAUGGAGCAAGCGGCGGAGGCUCUGGCGGCUCCAUCUUGAUUGAAGUUGGGGACGAGCUGCGAGGCACGGGUGUCAUUCGUGCUGAUGGUGGCAACGGCUACACCGGUGGCAGCGGCGGCCGCGUUGCCGUCCACGCUGCCUUUGACCUCCAGUAUUCAGGCACCAUGCAGGCGCUUGGCGGCACUGGCACGGCUGGCCUGGACGCCGCUCACGGCGGUGCGGGCACCGUGUUUGUCGAAGAUGUUGCACUGGGUGGCGCGGUGCGAACCGUGCUCACCAUCGACAACGCAAACCAUGGCCACAAGCAAGUGCAUGAGAUUGACCGGCACGACGUGCACCACCUCAACUUUGCUGAGCUCAAGGUGGUUCGCACCGGCAUUGUUCGCGUGCAUCCCGCCGUGCAGGGCAUCAUGGUUGACGUUGAGAAGCUCACCGGCGACAGGACCACAACGAUCCACUGCUUCGCCAACCAGACGUGGAUCUUUGACCCUCACGACCGCCGCGUGCAGCCACCCGUCGACCUCACCAUGGAAGAGCAAGCUGAGUUUGUCUUCGCACCCCACUUGUUAUAUGCAGGAACUCGCACGUUUGAGUGGCGAGGACGCGUUACAAACGUCAUUGACCUCGACUUGACGCGCGGUACCACGCUUGAGGUGUUUUUCUCAAGUGAGCGUGCAACUCGCAACCUCACGUCUUGGGAGACGCUGACUGUCGAUGAGCCAGGCACGCUCAAGUUUGCCACGCUGAACCUGCACGCAGAGUCAAAUCUCAAGUUUGAGGCUGGAAUGGGCAUGCUGGCCAACAUUGAGGCGCUCGACGCCAAGUUUGGUGCGCUCAUCGACGCCUCCUUUGUCGAUGUGACAAUUCCGCUGAUUGACAUUGAGGCGGAAUCCACCUUGAGCGCUGCAGGACAUCGCCAGCUCGGCGACAGCCCGCGUGGCGCUGGCAGCUUUGAUGGCACGUCGGCCUCUGGUGGCGGCCACGGCAGCCCCGGCGGUCGCGGCAGUCAGAGCGUUGCUGGUGGUGCGCAGUACGGUGACCUCUACCUUCCAACGCAGACGGGUUCUCGCGGUGGCAACAGCGGCGGCUACGGUGGCGGAUGGAUGAAGCUGAGCAGCGAGUAUGUCGUUGUUGACGGCCUCAUUGAUGUCAGUGGCCAGGACAGCGUGCCCACGCGCGUGUCUGGUGCUGGCAGCGGCGGCAGCUUGCUCAUCUUCACCGAUCACAUCACGGGCUCGGGUGACCUCAACGUGAACGGUGGUCGCGGCCUGGGUGCCCGCCAGGGCGGUGGCAGUGGUGGUCGCCUGGCCAUCCACGUGCCAGAUGCGCCCGUUGCUUUCCGUGGUCGCUACCUGGCCUUUGGUGGCAGCGCUGCGGGCUCUGACACCUCCCUGCGCGGCGGUGCAGGCAGCGUCUACCUGGAGGACAAGCGAGCUGGCAAGGUCUUCCGCCAGCUGCGCAUCGACAACCAGGGAUGGGACGCUCGCGCCUACGUCGUUACCGAGGACACUGUUGGCGCCCCAGACAAGGCAUACACGUUUGAGCAGGUGCACGAGGUAAACAGGCUCUCAGGCGGAUGGAUGAAGCUGAGCAGCGAGUAUGUCGUUGUUGACGGCCUCAUUGAUGUCAGUGGCCAGGACAGCGUGCCCACGCGCGUGUCUGGUGCUGGCAGCGGCGGCAGCUUGCUCAUCUUCACCGAUCACAUCACGGGCUCGGGUGACCUCAACGUGAACGGUGGUCGCGGCCUGGGUGCCCGCCAGGGCGGUGGCAGUGGUGGUCGCCUGGCCAUCCACGUGCCAGAUGCGCCCGUUGCUUUCCGUGGUCGCUACCUGGCCUUUGGUGGCAGCGCUGCGGGCUCUGACACCUCCCUGCGCGGCGGUGCAGGCAGCGUCUACCUGGAGGACAAGCGAGCUGGCAAGGUCUUCCGCCAGCUGCGCAUCGACAACCAGGGAUGGGACGCUCGCGCCUACGUCGUUACCGAGGACACUGUUGGCGCCCCAGACAAGGCAUACACGUUUGAGCAGGUGCAUCUUCUGCGCCGCGCCGCCAUCACACUCGCACCCGGCAGCUUGAACAACGUGCUGACGGUCUUUGACUUUGAGAGUGACGGCGACGGCCUCGUUCUGGUCGGUCCAGGGCACCGCAUCCUGAGCGAGGUGCAUCCAAGUGAGCCAAGCGUGGCCAAGCCGCCGGUGAACUUUGUGCUGCGCAACGGUGGUGAGCUCGUGCUUCCCGAGCAGUUUGAUGUGAAGGGCAACGGCGUGAUGGUUCACGGCGAUGACGAUGAGCGUGUGGCCGUUGACUGCAACGGCACCAUCAUUGGCGCACCAGAGCUGGUGCUGCUGCGCGAUGUGCAGAUGCGCGUGCGUCGUGGCUGUGUGUUCUCGUUCGAGGAGGAGGGCCAACUCCUCUACUCAUCCAAACCGGGCGAGGUUCAGCUUGUUGAGCUGGAGCUGCAGACGGGCGCACACCUGUUCACAGAGCCUGGACUAGGCUUCCGUGCACUGCUUGACACGCUCUCGCUCAAGCCGCUCUCCCGCAUCACCGCAGACUACUUUGAUGUGAACGCGACGACCGCCCACAUCACCGCCGGUGCACGCCUCUCUGCCAGCGGCUUUGACCGGCGUGGCGUCGACGUUACACAGGGCCCGAGUGUGGGCACGUCUGCCUCCACGGGCGGCUCUGGCGGCGGUCAUGUCAACAAGGGCGGCGCUUCGAGUACCAGUGAUGGUGGCAGCGCUUACGGCUGGCUGUAUGCACCAACCACGCCCGGCUCGCGUGGUGGCGACGCCACGUCCUCAGACAUGGGCGGCUUUGGUGGGAGCACCAUUGUCGUGCGCACAGACACGCUCACGCUUGACGGCGUGCUCGAUGUCCGUGGUGAAUCGCCAAGCUCCGGUUCCCUCGCGGGCGCUGGUAGUGGCGGCUCUGUCUGGGUGCAAACGCAGCUGUUGUAUGGCGACGAGGAUGGUGUGCUCGAUGUACGCGGUGGCACUGCCGCUGCCUCCUCUGCUGGCUCUGGCAGUGGUGGCCGCGUCGCGCUGUUCUUUGAUGAGACGCAGUUCCGCGGCAGCAUGAACACGCACGGCGGCUCCGGCACAUCCCCGGGUGGUCCUGGCAGCGCGUACCUGCGCCACCAGCGCACCGAGUUUGAGGUGUGGGAGACGCUUGUCAUCGACAACAACAACCACGGCUGGGACGUGGACUACGAGCUUGGCGAGCGCGACCAGCUUGAGUACGAGUUCAACGAGGUGCACCUCGUCAACCACGCCGCUCUGCGCCUGACCGAUGCAGCACACAGGCUUGUGAUCAACAAGCUCAUUGGCGACUACACGGGCUUUGUGCAUGUGGCGGAUUCGGACUACGUUACGGUCGAUGUGAUCCCCUUCCGUAAGUCCACUGCCCGCACCCCCGUCAACUACCUGGUUGAUGUGGGCGGUGAGCUGGAACUCGCAGACACCACGCAUCUCGUCGGCGACACAGACGCUGGUGCGUGCUUGGCACUCAACGGCACGCUGAUUGGCGUGACUUCACUCCACCUUGCGCCUGGCCGCGAAAUGGAGCUGGGUGUCAACGUAUCAACAGCAUUCUUUGUGAAGUCGAGCACAUCCACGCAGCCAACCUUGCAACAGACAGCAGCAGGCACGCUGGA